AUGUGCCCUGAACACGCUGCAGUGUUUCUGACGGUGCUGGAGUUCAUCUACACGAACCGAUGCCAGUUGACACAGAAUACGGUGGUGGAUGUGCUGGCAUCUGCGAUUGAGUAUGGGUUGGACGGGCUUGCCCAGUGCUGCUCAGACUUUAUCAAGGCUCACCUCACCGUCGACACAGCAUGCAGCGCCAUGCAGGCGGCCAUUGCGUACAACCAAACAGACUUGCGUGACACGUGCAUGCGGUUUGUGGAAGACAACACGCGCGCCGUGUUCAAGUCCCGCCACUUUGUCGAGAUGUCAGCGGACACAUUCGCCUUUAUCCUGCAGAGCGACAACCUGCAGAUUGACGAGGUGGACGUGCUUGCCUCUGUCAAGGAGUGGGGCACAGUCAACUCUGUGGUGACGGACCAGACGAUGGCGGAGGUCCUGCGUGGUGUUGUCGACCAUGUGCGCUUCCCGCUGCUCGAUGCCGCCACGCUGCAGAAGAUUGAGGAGGAGAACGACAAGACGUCCAUCAUCCCGGUGAGGUUGAUUGCAAAAGCGUGGAAGUUCCAGGCGACGAAACGAAGCGAUCCCACAGAUCCACACUUCCGCCCCCGCGCAGGCACACACACCGCAUAGCCCACACGCGCGCACACGCACGCACACGCACUUGCACAUGUGCACGUGGAAACAGACACAUGUGCACACUUACACACAUACACACAUACAAGCACCUGCCAGCGUCCCUUCCCCUCGUUUCUGCGCGUUCGCUUGUCCCCUUGUCCAUAUGAAAACCAAAACCCCUUGCAGCACCUGGGCGUGGUGUUGUUGUUUGUGAUUGUGAUGUGAUGAUUGUUCGGGCGUGUUCAUAUGUGUGCUGCUGCUUGUUGCUGUCGCAUUCCUUCUGAGCUAUUGCUUGUUUCUUGUUCAUUUGUUUGAAACGAAACGUGAUUGUAUUGUUAGUCAGUGAAGAAACAACACCAGAA